AGGCUUCGGUUUGGGAUUUUACCAGUGCAACAAGUUACACAUUCCCAUAAUUUCACUUGUUGCGGCUCUAUCAAGCAUACAUACAUGCAAAUAUAUAUGUGCAUAUAAAAUCGCAAGCUGCAUGAGUCAGAGGAUGUCAAUAAUGAGCGAAUCAGCAAAUGAUGAGGCCAUUGGCACUCGCAGUCGCAGUCCUACAAGAACAAGCUCAGGACGUGAGGACAACUCAAUGGCCAUAAGUCUAUUACCCUUGACUGUACGUGAGCAGCUUUGUGAACACUUGGAUUCCCUCAAUGUGUGGCAACAGCUGGCAGCUUUUGUUAAGCUGUAUCCCCAUGACGUGCAGCACAUACAGAAUCUAAAGCAGCGCGGGCAAUCGCCGUCCAACGAAUUCUUAAACAUUUGGGGCGGUCAAUACAAUCACACUGUAUAUAAUCUUUUUGCGCUUUUUCACAAAAUGAAACUGCAUCAUGCUAUGCGCAUUAUUAAGGAUCACGUGGAAGAAAAGUUCCAUAAAUACAUUCCAAGAAGCGUGCCCAUGAUUAGUGAUCUACGUGCAGCGCCUAACACUGAGUCAAAGAUCAACAAUGGGCCACCUUUUGCCUCUUCGUCAGGUGUGGAUGCGGAAAGCAACAGCUUGGAGUCGCCUGGCGACAUACACGUGAGCAGUGUGCAACGUGCGGCUAAAUCUUUGCUAGAAAUUGAUUAUCAAGAAUUGGUAAUUGCCACAGAUGAUUGGAGUGGUGACAACAAGCUGGGCAAUGGCGGUUUCGGCGAGGUCUUCAAAGGUGAAUGGAAGCAGCUCGAUGUGGCCAUUAAAGCCAUGAAUUAUCGCCAAAAGCAUAACGACAAAACGCAGGUGGAUUUGCAGCAGAGCUACAACGAAUUGAAGUAUCUAAAUACCAUAAGGCAUGACAAUAUUUUGGCUCUCUAUGGCUACAGCAUUAAUGGCGAAAAGCCUUGCUUGGUAUAUCAACUCAUGAAGGGCGGGUCCUUGGAUUCCAGACUGAGAGUAGACAAGUCAAAGCCAUCCAUGGCACCUUUGACAUGGCAGCAACGCCUUAAUAUAGCCCUAGGCACAGCCAAAGGCAUCUACUUUUUGCAUACGGCGCGCAGUAAGCCGCUUAUACAUGGCGACAUAAAGCCCGCGAAUAUUUUGCUUGACCAAUGCCUGCAGCCCAAAAUAGGUGACUUUGGCUUGGCACGCGAAGGUCCAAAGUCCAUAAAUGCUGUCAUUGAAGUUAAACAGGUCUUUGGCACACGCAUUUACUUGCCACCCGAAUUUUUGAGCUACAAAAAGCUAAGCACUGGCGUGGAUAUCUAUAGCUUUGGUGUGGUGCUGCUCGAGGUAUUCACGGGCCGCCUAAUGGCAGAACGCACUUUGCAGAACGAUCAACAAAACCUGCUUAAGCAUGUAAAACAUAAUUGGUCAUUGUCGCAUCACUAUCGCGUGGAACUCUUCGAUAAGCAUUUGAUAACGCCCAUGGGCGCUGAAUUGGACAAGUGCCUAUGUGCCAUAGAUGUGGGACUUAAGUGUGCUGCAAGUAAUCCGGAGGAGAGACCUACAAUGGAUGAUGUGGUGAGAAGUUUCAAAGCAUUUAGCAGCGAUUUGUAAGUUUAAUUAGUAUAAAAUGUAAGCAAUUGUUGCAAUAUAAAACACAUUUCAUAUCUAAAUCAUUUUAAUA